AAUUAUGUUGUUAUAAAAGCAGUUGAAUAUAAUUCAAUAAUAAUUUAGGACAAAUUUUUUUUUAUUUAUUAUCAGUUUAUGUUAAAAAAUUUGAAUAUUGUGAACUUAGCUUUAUAACAGAUAUUUGUACAUAGGCAAUGUGUGUAAUCAGUUUUACAUUUCAUUUAGUAGCUCAUAAUAACAAAUUUGUACUGAUAGAGGUAAUUUUUGGAAACAAUCAGUCGUGACUUUAUUAGAAACAAAUUUAAACAACCAACAUGGGUUCUGGACAAAGUGCUCGUAAGCUCACUAUUAAUAAUGAAGAAAUAGGUGUAAUAGAAAUAUCGGAAUCUGUUGUGGAACGAUUAACUCAAAAAAUGUCUGAAACAAAUGUGACAAAUGAAGUAAGAGCUGCUACAGAACCAUCUUCUAAAAAAACUUCACAAUUAUCUCAGAGUGGUGAUAUACCAGUAAAUGCUGGAUAUCCUGUAUAUCAUCCACAAUUAACUUUAAGUGCUCUUCAAAUACAGCAACAGAAUGAGGAAGAAUUUCGUAAACAGGAUAAUUAUUGGCAAAGACGUUUGCAAAAAUUGGAACAAAAGCAUUCAGAAAUUAAUGAUAUUAUUAACGCAGAGUAUAAAAAAGCAGCAGAAAUAUAUAUUGGUGAUAAAAAAGGAGUAAAUAUUCAUGAUACUAUCCAACCAUGUAAAAACAGUUCUGAAAAAGUGUUCCAAUGUUUCCAAGAUCACCCUAAAGAAAUUCUGAAGUGUUCUACUUUAGUUGAAGAAUUUUCUAAUUGUGUAGAUCAGCGUCGUGCACGUGUAAUUGCAGCACGCUGUUAAUACAUUUUAAUAUUGAAUCAUUAGUAGUUUAAUUAAUCAUCAUGUUAUUUAAUAAAAAAAUUUUAGUUCAUAAAAAUAAAUUAUGUAAUAUAUAA